AUGCCACCACUUCAUAAACUUACGCUGUUUGCUGGAGCUGGCAUUGGUGCUUUUGCUGUGUUACUUCUUAUUAUUAGUAUAGCUACACCUGUAUGGCUUGAUGAUGGUCGAGGGAGUACUCUUGGUCUUUUUCGAAAAUGUUUUGCAGUAAAUGCGUCUGAUACAGGCGAAGGUUGUUUUGGAGAGAAUCGUGUUACUCAAGCCGGCUUGUCCGUUUUUGGUCUUUUACUUCUUAUAUUCGGUAUUUUUGCGACAAUCGCUGCCGCAUUUACAGGAAAUGCGUUAAUUUUAUUGGUUUCUUUGGGUUUAAUGUUUUUUGCGUCUAUGUUUGUUAUGUCAGCUUAUGCGACAUGGGGAGUUUAUUCACGUGAUCCAUACUUAUAUUUUUUUCCGCAAUCAGCAUCAGCAAUAACCCAGUAUACAUCAAUGGGUUAUUCGUAUAAUUUAUGUGUUGCUGCACAUUUCUUUCUCUGGACAGCACUUACAUUAAUCGCGUUUGGUAUUGGACAUUUUUGGGGUUCCGAACGACAGGCUUCAAGUUAA